AACUGGAUCAAGUCGCAGGAAAAUCAUCAAUAAAGUGACGCGUAAUUUAAACGUUAACAAAACGUCAAUUUAGAAAUUUUGGAAAUGGACUAAAAAUUCAUCGAAUCACAUUAAUACAUGUAAUUUUUCAAAAAUGUUAAAAUAAGCAAUCAGAAUGCCUGUCGAAGAAUUCAAAAUACUCAGUAAAGAAGACCGAUUGAUCAAACGCCUGCCGUCGGAGAGUUCCGUUCCCCAGGUCAUCAGGAACAAGCUCCCGGAUCUGAACGACGUGUUGAACAUCCAGAACCAAGAUAAACUGACAAAAAGCCCCAAAAAUCUAGAGGGCAACCUACAACCCUCGCCAGUAUUGAUAUCUUUAUACUUAGAGUUCAAGAAAGUCGUUUCCAAGUGCGAUGAAAGCAUAAGGAAGAAAUUAACACCGCUCAUGGUGAACGUCCUGGAAUGCAUAAACACGGCCUAUCAAGUAAACAGAGACUUCAACUUCAGGAUACAAUUGUUAGAAACUGAUAACCAUCAACUGAUCCAGCAGUGCACUAAGUUGCAAAAUGCUGAGAGGGAGUAUUAUGAUUACAAAAUCCACAUUCAGAAGGAGCUCAAAGAUAUGCUAAAUAAACUGGAAGUAUACCGAAACAACGCUUAUCUCUUCGAAAUGAGACACAAAAACAUUCUGGAAUAUUCCAGGGGACUCGAGGAGCAGUCCAGGCAGAUGCGGAAAGAACACAACAUCCUGCAACAAAAAUACGUGAAGUUGUUUAGGCAUUAUGUAGUUUGUACAGAAAAGUCUGAAUUACCCGAUAUUCUAGAAGAAGAUUUGUACAUUGUUAAACAACUUUUCGAAAGAAAAACGAAAGAAAACAAACAAACGCCUAAUAAACCAACUAAACCUGCAAUUAUUACGAGAGCAGAAGUUCACAGGGAAAACACAGAUGAAAAAUACAAUGUAAUGAUCAGUAAAUUGAAAAAACAAAUAACGGAAUUGCAAGGAGAAAUUAAAAAGUACAAAUACAAACUAAACGCGCAGAGAAACGAGAUGGAUUAUAGAACGAGAAGAAUUUACUACAAAGCAGAUGUAGCAAGGUACUUUAUAGUGAGGAAAAGGUUUUACGUGGGCCUGGAGGAGCCGGUGGAAUGGACUUCCAUAAUCGAUCCUUCUGCUUGGGUAGUGGAGAAUUUUACCAAUUACUCCAAUGUGAUCGCCAUACCUAAAAGGCUUUGUAAUUAAUCAUCUGGAAAGAAAACUAAUGAAGUUUUUUUGUUGUUGGGAUAUGUAUGUACUAUGAUUUAUGAUCCAUACAAUUUUGUCGAA